AUGACGUCGGCUGUUUACAGCGUGGCCCGGAGUGCCGCCUCCGCCGCCCUGCUCCACGUGCUCUGCUUCAGCGCCGUGAAGGAACCGUGGAGCACUCAGCACAUCCCAGCGCUGUUUUCAGCCUUCUGUGGCCUCCUGGUCGCGCUUUCCUACCAUCUGAGCCGGCAGAGCAGUGACCCCUCAGUGCUCCUGUCCUUGAUUCAUUGUAGAUUGCUUCCUAAAUUUCUACAUCAGAACCUGGAAGAGUUGGCCGCCGACCCUCUUCCCAAGAAGAUGAAAGGCUCGGUGAAGGAUAUCUUAAAAUCGGAUCUCAUUAUCUGCUCAGUGGCUGCCGUUCUGUCAUUUGCCAUCAGUGCCAGCACUGUGUUCCUGUCCUUGCGACCAUUUCUCAGUGUCGUGCUGUUUGCCCUGGCUGGCUCGGUGGGGUUUGUGACCCAUUACAUGCUUCCUCAGCUCCGCAAGCACCAUCCGUGGAUGUGGAUUUCACACCCCGUUCUUAAAAACAAAGAAUAUCAGCAGCGGGAAGUGAGAGAUAUCGCCCAUUUAAUGUGGUUCGAAAGACUCUAUGUCUGGCUUCAGUGUUUUGAAAAAUACAUCCUGUACCCAGCAAUAAUUCUGAAUGCCCUCACUAUUGAUGCAUUUUCAAUAAGCAAUUACCGGAGACUCGGUACCCACUGGGACAUUUUCCUGAUGAUCGUUGCCGGCAUGAAGCUGCUAAGGACCUCCUUCUGCAACCCCGCUCAUCAGUUUAUUCACGUGAGCUUCACUGCGAUCUUUUUCCAUUUUGACUACAAAGAUCUGUCAGAGAGUUUCUUACUGGAUUUCUUCAUGGUGUCCAUUGUGUUCAGCAAGGCAAGUUAGUUCUCCAUUUUCUUCAUUUUCAUAUGUAAAAGGUGCGUUUCUCACCACAGGUUUCAAGAGCUGUAGACAUUUUCCUUUAAAAAAAAUUGUGGAGUGAAAUUAAAUUGAAUUACAUUGAAUUACAUAUGCGUGUCACGCUCCUGCUACCAUUUGAGGGACAUUUCCCCGUGGAAUACAAAUAUGCCACAUAAUUUGCCAAAAAUCACUAAUUACAAUGAAUUAGCCAUUUACUGUUGCUUGAAAUUUUGAAAUUUUAUGAUCUUUGCGUCUGUUAGCAAUCUCAUUACAGAACUUCCCUAGACCUCAAAAUGCUCUGAAUUAAA